AUAUACACCGACUUAUGCAACCUCACGAAAUAGCAUAUUAAUACAUGACGUUACAAAUCUUCCACAUCAAAACUACCAAAAGCCCUUCAAAAACCUCUUUCUUUCCAACAUUACAAAUCUUCCAAACCCUUCUUCAACCAAAGUAUGAAUCGACUCACAAGCCUAGCCGCUCUCCGACGCGCUGCCGCCGCAGCUUCACUCACACCCACCCGAUCUCUCCAACAAACGGCUCCCUUCACCACCUCUUCCACUUCUCAACGGCUUCCCUGGCGGCUAGGCGAUCACUUCGGCUCGGCUUCCUCUAAUAGAAUAGCUGGAACCAUGUUCUUCUCUGUUGCGGCCGCAACUUCUCUAUGCCAAGAGGCUAAAGCUAAAGAACCUAUUCAAUCCAUGUUUAAAGAUGUUGUUCUUUACCAAUAUGAAGCUUGCCCUUUUUGCAAUAAGGUCAAAGCUUUCCUCGAUUACUAUAACAUUCCUUAUAAAGUUGUGGAGGUCAACCCCAUAAGCAAGAAGGAGAUCAAAUGGUCAGAGUACAAGAAAGUUCCUAUAUUGACUGUUGAAGGUGAACUAAUGGUCAAUUCAUCAGAUAUUAUUGAUACACUGUAUAAAAGAAUGCAUUCAGAGGGUUCUACUCAUUCUAGCGUUAACACCGAAGAAGAGAAGAAAUGGCUAGGGUGGGUGGAUAAUCAUUUGGUUCAUGUUUUGUCACCUAACAUUUACCGGUCAGCAGGCGAGGCUCUGGAGUCAUUUGAUUAUAUUGCAAACCAUGGUAACUUUGGCUUCAUGGAGAGAAUUAUGGCCAAGUAUGCUGGUGCUACAGCCAUGUAUUUUGUGUCCAAGAAACUGAAGAAAAAGUACAACAUCACUGAUGAACGUGAAUCCUUGUACCAAGCUGCGGAAACAUGGGUCGAUGCUCUAAAGGACCGACCUUUUCUCGGUGGUUCAAAACCUAAUCUAGCUGAUCUUGCUGUGUUUGGUGUUCUGAGACCAAUACGGAAUCUACAAUCUGGCAGAGACAUGGUAGAGCACACACGCAUUGGUGAAUGGUAUUCACGAAUGGAGAAAAUGGUAGGAGAAUCAUGCAGAGUAGCUGCAUAAUGCUGUCAAUCGCCAUUUUUUGUAGACUCAUGUUCCCUGUUCACCUUGAGCAUUGGUUGCGAAGUGCUCGAACUGAAAGAUAAAUAAUAACUCAGGAACCUUGUCACGGUAUUUUUUUUCACAUAGAAUAUACGGUUUUGCAACAUUACGCGGGCUCUACAUCGGUUCUCUUUGUAGCCAUAUCAUUGGAGAGGUUUUCUCGUUUUUCCGAAUUGGAAUCUUGAAACUGAUAAUUUAUAUGAAAAUUCAUUCAUUUAUAGGAGUUAUGAGAAUGACAAUGAGAAAUGUAGUAAUAUUCUGGGGCUGUAAUAGUAUAUUUGCAUUUUAAACCUUCUCUUUACAAAUUUUAGAUUGUAAAAUUUGACAUUGUUUAACACUUGGGAUUGUUCAAUUGUUCAAAGAUGAAUCACCAUAGAAUUGCAUUGUCA